UGAAUUUGAUUGAUUAAUUGGCUCCGCUCCAAUCGUUUCCACAGCGUGAAGACCACGUUCCAGUCUAUCAAUUGGUUUUUCACGAAUUUUAAAAGCACGGCCACCUAACCUAUACGAAAGUGAAGUCGCGAUAUAUUACGAUAAUGACUGAGAACAUAAAAAUCGGUACACAUGAUGGCUGUUUCCAUUGUGACGAAGCACUCGCUUGUUUUAUGCUAAAAACACUGCCCCAAUACAAAGAUGCAAUAAUUGUAAGAUCACGUGAUAAAGGUAUUUUGGAUACCUGUGAUAUUGUUGUUGAUGUUGGCGGUGAAUACAAUCCUUCAAAGCAUCGUUAUGAUCAUCAUAUGAGAGACUUCAAAGAGUCAGUAAGUACUGUGAUAAAGAAGCCAGGAUAUGAUUGGGAUAUAAAACUGAGCAGUGCAGGUUUAAUUUAUUGUCACUUUGGGCGUGAAAUCAUUAAGCAUUUGUUCCCUCAACUAAGUGACAAUGUUGUGGAAAUAAUUUUUAAAAGGAUUUAUGACAAACUGAUUAAAGAAAUUGAUGGCAUAGAUAAUGGAAUUCCUAUGUACAAGGAGGAACCACUCUAUCGUAUUGUGACCGAUUUAUCUUCGCGUGUUGAUUUUUUAAAUGUCAAAUGGAAUGAUAAAGAUACUAAUGUUGAUGCACGAUUUGUAAAAGCAAUGGAAUUAACUGGCCAAGACUUCUUACAGCAUAUAAAUUAUGCAGUAAAUGUUUGGUUGCCAGCUAAAGCAAUCGUGCAGGAGGCUAUUGCAAAACGCUUUGAGGUCGAUCCUAGUGGAGAAAUCAUAGUACUGUCACAAUCCGUACCAUGGGCCGAGCAUAUCUUUGAAAUAGAAAAAGAAAUGAAUGUACAACCUCCGUUAAAGUAUUUAAUUUUUAAAGAUAAUAAUUAUAAAAUACGAUGCGUUCCAGUAAAGCCCGGCAGUUUUGUAACUAGAUUGUUCCUGCCAGAAGCUUGGGCAGGUUUGAGGGGUGAAGAACUUGAACGUGCCUGUGGAAUUCCAGGUGCAGAAUUCGUGCAUACUGUGCGAUUUAUUGGUGGACAUAACACUUUAGAAGGUGCAGUGACGAUGGCUCGCAAAUCACUUGAGCUAGGAAAAAAAAUAUGAUGAAUAGCCUAGUUUCAAUUAUUUUCUAGGAUUCAAUUUUAUAAUUUUAAAGAAUUAUACUCUGCGCAGAUUUUGACUACAAAAUGCAUUUUGAAUCGCUAUUGUGAUUCAGAACUGGUACUUAAAUUAUGGCAACACGCUGUACAUAUUAUGCAAUAAAAUAUUUUCCUAUGUAAAAAAUAAAAAUAAACGUCCAAUGCACCUGUUAUGAUAGAAAAUAAUAA